AUGGAAGCGCUGGGGCCGCUGAAAACCGAACCGCAGCCCCCGGAAAAGCGGCGGAGAACGAUCGAGGACUUCAAUAAGUUCUGCAGCUUCGUGCUGGCCUACGCCGGCUACAUCCCGGCGGCCGCCGAGGACCCUCCCUGGGCCUCCAGCGGUCCCAGCUCUCCCCGUCCCCCCUCGGGCGACGCGUGGGGUUCGGCGCCGGCCGCUCUCCGAACCAUCGAAACCUUCGUCCGCAAAGCCAAAUCCUCCAAGAAACGCUCCUUGGCACCCUCGGAAUCCACGAUUUUGGACAAAAUGCGCCUCAAAGACUCCCUGUUCGACCUCCCCUCCCCCCAAAACACCCCGGGACCGCCCCCCCAAAAACGCCGGGAGCGCCGGAACCGCCGGGGGGACGCGGGGAUGGCGGCGGGAUCCCGAGGGAGCCGGGAAAACUGCGCCAUGGGGCUGAAAAAGAGCAAAAAAAGGCGCUGGAAAAAAGGGGAGAGGGGCGUUUUGGGGAGGGGGUCCCCCAGCGAGGAGACGGAUUCGGAGGAGGAGCCGCCCUCCCCUCCCCCUCCCCCGCCGCCUCCCCCUCCCCUCCCCCACGAGGGGGGGAAGUUGGGGGAAGGGGGGAGCACGGAGACGAGCAGGGACGGAGACGGCAGCGACAGCGACGGGAGGGUGAUGGACGAGGAUAUCAUGGUGGAGUCGGGCGACGAUUCUUGGGAUUUAAUUACCUGCUACUGCCAAAAACCUUUUGCUGGCCGGCCCAUGAUCGAGUGUAGCCAAUGUGGCACCUGGAUUCACCUUUCCUGCGCCAAGGUGAAGAAAAACAACGUCCCCGACGUCUUUUAUUGCCAAAAAUGCCGCGAGGGACCCCGCAGGGCCACCCCCGCCACCCCCAGAACCACGGGGGACCCUUAAAAAACCCUCCCCAACCUCGUUUUUGGGGGGUUAAAAACUUUUAAUUCCAUUAUUUUUAAAGCUCUGGGGUUUUCCAGUUGAGGUUUGGACGCUUCUCUCCUCUAAAAAAAAAAAAGGUUUUAGGGGGUGGUUGUUAAAAAUUGAAUUUUUUGGGGUUUUUUUUUUUUUGGGGGGGUUUUGGAAGGGUUGGAAUAAUCCUGAAAUGAGGUUUGGAGAUUUUGGGUUGGAAUUGGGAGGGUUUUAAGGAUUGGGAAACAGGCAGAAUUUAAGAUUUUUAUUGGUUUUUUGUUUUUUUUAGGGGGUUUGGAAGAUUUUUUUUUUUUUUUGGAAUUGUGGGGUUUGGAGGUGAAGCCAAAAUUAAAAAAGAUUUUUGGGGUUUUGGAACCUCCCCUGGAAAUUGGGAUAUUUUAGAGCACCCAAAAAUGAGGAUUUUUGGGGGGGUUUUCACCUCGAAUCGAGAGAUUUUGAGGUUUGGAAACCCCUUCACGUAAAUUAUGAGGGUUUGGGGUUUUUAAAACCCCGAAAAUUGUGAGAUUUUGGGGUUUUCUUCCCUCAAAAAUGGGGAGUUUUACCCGUAAAUUGCGAGGUUUUGGGGUUCAGGUUAAAUUUCGGGGGAGGUUUUUUGGGGUCCCUCAUCUGCAGGACAGGAGGGUUUCGGGGUAGAAGAUUUGGGUUUUUCUUACCCCAAAUCACGAAUUUUUUUGGGGGUUCACCCUUAAAAUGGGAAGAUUUGGGUUUCCCUCACCCCAAAUUAAGAUUUGGGGAACCCCCCUUUAAAUAGGGGAGGUUUUUGGGGGGAUCCUACCCCGAAUUAUGAGAUUUUGGGGUCCCCCCACUGCCAGGAAAGGAAAGUUUGGGGGGUCCUUCACCCCAGACAAAAAGAUUUUGGGGGAAUCUCCCUAAAAUAGGGAGAUUUUUGGGGUGUUCUUUGCCCCAAAUCAUGAGAUUUUGGGGUGUCCCACCCCCCAGAAAAGGAAAAAUUCGGGAGCCCCGCACCCAAAACUAAGAUUUUUGGGGGAAAACUCCCCUAAAACAGGAAGUUUUGGGGUCCCCUACCCCAAAAAAAAAGAGAAUUUUGGGGUUCCCUGCCCCGUGUUAGGAGGUUUUGGGGUCCCAGUUAAAAUUUUUU